AUGUUGACUGAAUCAGAAAAAUACGUGUCCGAGGACUGUCCGCUACUGCCUAUUACCUCCUUGGAUGUUAAAACCACCUACCAGCCGCAUGCAUUACUGGGCAUGUCAUACGUAGCAAUGUCAUCCGUGUGCUUUAGUCUCAUGUCGACAAUGAUCAAGUUCAACACAUACACAAUGACAUCGAUCGAGGCCAUUUUCUGGCGCUCCAGUGUCGCCAUGAUACUGAAUUACGUGUUGAUCUGGUACACUGGCAAGACGUUGUACGUUGUGCCAGAAAACCGGAUGAUGCUGUUUUACCGUUGCUUGGCUGGGUUUUCGUCGAUUUCGUUUGCGUUCUACGCGCUAUCGCAAAUGGUGCUUGCGGACAGCAGUGUCAUUGUUUUUACAUCACCUGUCUUCACCUUCUUUCUCGGAGCCUGCCUGUUGCAUGAGAACAUUGAUAUUCCCAGUUUCGCGUGUGCGCUGCUGUCGUUUGGAGGCUUGAUUUGUGUGGUUCGACCCGGCUUCAUCUUCGGAUACAACCAUGCUACAGCUCAAACCGAUGGUUCAUUGAUUGCGGUUGGAUCAGCCCUGCUUGGAGCCAUUGGUCAAGCAUUCGUGUUUGUCACUGUGCGAAAGCUGAAGGGCGUCCAUUUCAUGGUUGUUGUGCACUACUUCAUGCUGUUCAGCACCAUCGGAUCGCUUGUGUACAUGCUAUUGGUACAACGGGUCUUUGUAGUGCCAGCAACGCUCGGUGUCUGGUUAUCUGUCAUCGGUAGCGGUCUAUUGACUUUUGUUGGGCAGCUAUUGCUUACCAAGGGCUUUCAACUCGAGAAGGCAGGUAUUGCCUCGGUGAUGCGUUACUUGGACGUGGUUUGUGUCUUUAUCUGGGACUACCUGUUGCUUGGUGAGAAGAUAAACUGCUGGAGUAUUGUGGGCGCCGCUAUCAUUUGUUCAUGCGCCGUUGUGAUUGCACUGCGCAAGGCACACUUGAGUUAG